CCGUUUUUUUUUUUUUCUUCUCCUCUGGGUGUCUUAUUAAUUUCUCCGUGGGGCUGCAGCUGGAGACUGCGGAGCGUUGGAAAUGACGCUUGGAGCUUUAAUUACCGCAGCCGCCGGACAAGUGUGAGGAAAGCUGACAGGAAAAAGGACUGGAUAGGGGGAGAAGAAGCAAGAAGCUUCCCCCUCCCCACUUUCUUCCCAAUUUGGACUGGAGGUGCUAGGAAACUAUAAAGGGAGCCGAUCAGAGCCCGGCCCGGGCGAGAGGCCGGAAACCUACCGCCCCUUUGCAAUCAACUUUUUUUUGGAAACCUUUUUUCUCCCUUUCUUUUUAUUGUUGCCCAGCCAGUGAGAAAGAGAGAAAGUGAGCGGGGAAGGAGAGAGAGAGAACGAUCACACAGUGAAAUAGCUGCACAGUCCGACCAGGAGCUCCACGCUCACACACUCGGACACCCUUUCACACGCGCACACACGCGCGCGCACUCACGCGCACAGUGUCCCCCUCCUCGGGUCCCCAGACCUGGUCCCGCGACCGUGGACUCCGUCGCCCGCGCUCGGAGUCGGUGCACCGCGCGCGCGACGCGCCAGUCCCCCUCGCGCCCCCCACGCGCGCCUGGCUGACGGAUCUCUUCUGCGUGCCCGAAAGGGGAUAUGCCAUUUGGACAUGUAACUGUCAGCACGGGAUCUGAGACUUCCAAAAAAUGAAGCUGGCGACAGGACUGUGCAUCUGGGUGAGCCUUCUGGUGGCGGCGGGGACCGUCCAGCCCAGCGCUUCUCAGUCAGUGUGUGCUGGAACGGAGAACAAGCUGAGCUCUCUCUCUGACCUGGAGCAGCAGUACCGGGCCUUGCGCAAGUACUAUGAAAACUGUGAGGUGGUCAUGGGCAACCUGGAGAUAACCAGCAUCGAGCACAACCGCGACCUCUCCUUUCUGCGGUCUAUUCGGGAAGUCACAGGCUAUGUGUUAGUGGCUCUGAAUCAGUUUCGUUACCUGCCUCUGGAGAACUUACGCAUUAUUCGUGGGACAAAACUUUACGAGGAUCGGUAUGCCCUGGCAAUAUUUUUAAACUACAGAAAAGAUGGCAACUUUGGACUUCAGGAACUUGGACUGAAGAACUUGACAGAAAUCCUAAAUGGUGGAGUCUAUGUAGACCAGAACAAAUUUCUUUGUUAUGCAGACACAAUUCAUUGGCAAGAUAUUGUUCGGAAUCCGUGGCCUUCCAACUUGACUCUGGUGUCAACAAAUGGUAGCUCAGGAUGUGGACGUUGCCAUAAGUCCUGCACCGGCCGAUGCUGGGGCCCCACAGAAAACCACUGCCAGACGUUGACAAGGACAGUGUGUGCAGAACAAUGUGAUGGCAGAUGCUAUGGGCCCUAUGUCAGUGACUGUUGUCAUCGAGAGUGUGCUGGAGGCUGCUCGGGACCUAAGGACACGGACUGCUUUGCCUGCAUGAAUUUCAAUGACAGUGGAGCUUGUGUCACUCAGUGUCCCCAAACUUUUGUCUACAAUCCAACCACCUUCCAGUUGGAACAUAACUUCAAUGCAAAGUACACAUACGGAGCAUUUUGUGUGAAGAAAUGCCCACAUAACUUUGUGGUCGAUUCCAGUUCUUGUGUGCGUGCCUGCCCUAGUUCCAAGAUGGAAGUAGAAGAGAAUGGCAUUAAAAUGUGUAAGCCUUGCACUGAUAUUUGCCCAAAAGCAUGCGACGGCAUUGGCACGGGAUCACUGGUGUCAGCUCAGACCGUGGAUUCCAGUAACAUCGACAGAUUCAUAAACUGCACCAAAAUCAAUGGGAAUUUGAUCUUUCUUGUCACUGGUAUUCAUGGGGACCCUUACAAUGCAAUUGAAGCCAUAGACCCAGAGAAACUGAAUGUCUUUCGGACAGUGCGGGAGAUAACAGGUUUCUUGAACAUACAAUCAUGGCCCCCAAACAUGACGGACUUCAGUGUUUUCUCUAACCUGGUGACCAUUGGUGGAAGAGUCCUCUACAGUGGCCUCUCCUUACUUAUCCUCAAGCAGCAAGGCAUCACCUCACUGCAGUUCCAGUCCCUGAAGGAAAUCAGUGCAGGAAACAUCUACAUUACCGACAACAGCAACCUGUGUUACUAUCAUACCAUCAACUGGACGACGCUCUUCAGCACUAUCAACCAAAGAAUAGUGAUCCGGGACAAUAGGAAAGCUGAAAACUGUACUGCUGAAGGAAUGGUGUGCAACCAUCUGUGUUCAAGCGAUGGCUGUUGGGGACCCGGGCCAGACCAGUGCCUGUCCUGCCGCCGCUUCAGCAGGGGCAGGAGCUGCAUAGAGUCUUGUAAUCUCUAUGACGGCGAAUUUCGGGAGUUUGCGAACGGCUCCAUCUGUGUGGAGUGUGACCCCCAGUGUGAGAAGAUGGAAGACGGCAUCCUCACAUGCCAUGGACCGGGACCUGACAACUGUACAAAGUGCUCCCACUUUAAGGAUGGCCCAAACUGUGUGGAAAAAUGUCCAGAUGGCUUACAGGGGGCAAACAGUUUCAUAUUCAAAUAUGCUGACCAGGAUCGGGAGUGCCACCCAUGUCAUCCGAACUGCACACAAGGGUGCAUAGGCUCAAGUAUUGAAGACUGCAUCGGCCUGAUGGAUAGGUGUAGCGGUCCCACUAGUCAUGACUGCAUUUACUAUCCUUGGACGGGCCAUUCCACUUUACCACAACAUGCUAGAACCCCUCUAAUUGCAGCCGGAGUCAUUGGAGGGCUCUUUAUCCUGGUCAUCGUGGGCCUAACAUUUGCAGUUUAUGUGAGAAGGAAGAGCAUCAAAAAGAAAAGAGCCUUGAGGAGAUUCCUAGAGACAGAGUUGGUAGAGCCCUUAACUCCCAGCGGUACAGCACCCAAUCAGGCUCAGCUUCGUAUUUUGAAGGAAACUGAGCUCAAACGAGUAAAAGUACUUGGCUCGGGCGCUUUUGGAACUGUGUAUAAAGGUAUUUGGGUGCCUGAAGGAGAAACAGUGAAGAUUCCUGUGGCUAUUAAGAUUCUUAAUGAAACAACUGGUCCCAAAGCUAAUGUGGAGUUCAUGGAUGAAGCUCUAAUCAUGGCAAGUAUGGACCAUCCACACUUAGUCCGGCUAUUGGGUGUGUGUCUGAGCCCAACCAUUCAGCUGGUUACACAGCUCAUGCCCCAUGGCUGCCUGUUGGAUUACGUCCAUGAACACAAGGACAACAUCGGAUCACAGCUGCUGCUUAACUGGUGCGUCCAGAUAGCUAAGGGAAUGAUGUAUCUGGAAGAAAGACGGCUUGUUCAUCGUGAUUUGGCAGCACGUAAUGUCUUAGUGAAAUCUCCAAACCAUGUGAAAAUCACGGAUUUUGGACUAGCUAGACUCUUGGAAGGAGAUGAAAAAGAGUAUAAUGCUGAUGGAGGAAAGAUGCCAAUUAAAUGGAUGGCUCUGGAGUGCAUACAUUAUAGGAAAUUCACCCAUCAGAGUGAUGUUUGGAGCUAUGGAGUCACUAUAUGGGAACUGAUGACCUUUGGAGGGAAACCCUAUGAUGGAAUUCCAACUCGAGAAAUCCCUGACUUACUGGAGAAAGGAGAACGUUUGCCUCAGCCUCCUAUCUGCACUAUUGAUGUUUACAUGGUCAUGGUCAAAUGUUGGAUGAUUGAUGCUGACAGUAGACCUAAAUUUAAGGAACUGGCUGCUGAAUUCUCAAGGAUGGCUCGAGACCCUCAAAGAUAUUUAGUUAUUCAGGGUGAUGAUCGUAUGAAGCUUCCCAGUCCAAACGACAGCAAGUUCUUUCAGAAUCUCUUGGAUGAAGAGGAUUUAGAAGAUAUGAUGGAUGCUGAGGAAUACCUGGUCCCUCAAGCUUUCAACAUCCCACCUCCCAUCUAUACUUCCAGAGCAAGAAUUGACUCAAAUAGGAGUGAAAUUGGACACAGCCCUCCUCCCGCCUACACCCCCAUGUCAGGAAACCAGUUUGUGUACCGAGAUGGGGGUUUCGCCGCAGAACAGGGCGUGCCCGCGCCCUACAGAGCGCCGACCAGCACCAUCCCAGAAGCUCCUGUUGCUCAGGGGGCCACUGCUGAAAUUUUCGAUGAUGCCUGUUGCAAUGGCACCCUACGCAAGCCAGUGGCACCCCAUGUCCAAGAGGACAGCAGCACCCAGAGGUACAGUGCUGACCCCACAGUGUUUGCCUCGGAGCGGAGCCCACGAGGAGAACUGGAUGAAGAAGGUUACAUGACCCCCAUGCGAGACAAACCCAAACAAGAAUAUUUGAACCCUGUAGAAGAGAACCCUUUUGUUUCUCGGAGAAAAAAUGGAGACCUUCAAGCUUUGGAUAAUCCCGAAUAUCACAAUGCUUCCACCGGUCCACCCAAGGCAGAGGAUGAGUAUGUGAAUGAGCCACUGUACCUCAACACUUUUGCCAACGCCUUGGGGAACACCGAGUACCUGAAGAACAACGUACUGUCUGUGCCAGAGAAGGCCAAGAAAGCGUUCGACAACCCUGACUACUGGAACCACAGCCUGCCGCCUCGGAGCACUCUUCAGCACCCAGACUACCUGCAGGAGUACAGCACAAAAUAUUUUUAUAAACAAAAUGGACGGAUCCGGCCUAUUGUGGCAGAGAAUCCCGAAUACCUCUCUGAGUUCUCGCUGAAGCCAGGCACUGUGCUGCCUCCUCCACCCUACAGACACCGAAAUACUGUGGUGUAAACUCAACAGUGGUUUUAAGGUGGAAAGACAUGCCCGCUCCAAUUUCCCUGCCACCUCUCUUUCUCUUAUGGUCUUCCUUCUAUUCCCAAGGCCAGUAGUGUUGAAACUUCCCAGGGGAAGACAUGGAGAUGCAAUGAUAGUUAUGAGUUUAUCUAACUUGAACAUUAGAAGGAAAGACUGAAAGAGAAAGACAGGAAAAACUACACUGUUUCUUCAUUUCUCUACAAGUGUCGGCCAGGAGACAGGAACAGCUAGAGAAGGACCAGCAAAUAGGAGGCAAUAAUGCCUGAUGUCUAACCAGUUCUUAACUUUUUCCUUUUUUAAAUUUCUUUCUACUUUAUUUAUUUUUUAAUGCAGAAUCUUGAAACACCCAUGCUAUCUGUUCCUAUCUACAGGAACUGUAUAUUUUCAGCAUCCCUGGAAGUCCUACUAAGCUUUCCAUUAGAAUAAAUACAAAGAUAACUUUUUCUAUAACAUGAUAGUAACUGAGAUUGAGAAUCCAAUUUCUUUCUCCAAUAAUUUCUGUCCCAACAAGUGAAGAAUAGCUAACUCAGCUUUCAUAAUUUUUGAAUCUACUUCAAAGUUAUAACUACUAUGCUUGGAGGCCUUUCUUGAUUUCCCUCUCUCUCUGUCUUCCUUUCUGUCCUCCUUUCUUUCCCCUUUUGGUUUAUUCCUUCAUUAUGUUUUCUCCUAGUUUUGUCUCUAAUUUUAAAUGGCAAAGAAUUUUUACAUCGAAAGCUUCUUAUGUGUUGCUAUACAUUGACAGAAUUUGAAAAAGGAAGAUGUUAUAGUGAAAUGACCACUAUUUUAAAAUACAGUCUUAAAUUGAGAAAGGGAAGCCAAGAUUUUAGUCAAAUGUAGCAUCAAAUCUAACAUUUAUGUUUUACACUAUUUUACAUGCACUGCCCCCCUUCCUUUACAUCCUUCAAUGUUUUCUUCUCCUCCAUAACUGGCAGUACUUAAUAGGUAGUUGGUAAUGUUAAGAUAGAAGGAAAAUUAAGAGACAGUUUUGUGUGGUUCAUGAAAACUACUGACAUUUUCAGGGGUGACCCAAUGGGAAAUCAACCCAUUGAACUGGAAGAAACACACUGGAUUGGGUAUGUCUACCUGGAAGAUACUCAGAAAUGUGGUUUGCACUUAAACUAUAAUUUUAUUUGCUCUCUUUCUAGACUCCAUUUUGGAUUUUGAAUGAAGCAAUAUGGAAGCAACCAGCAAAAUAACUAAUUUAAGUACAUUUUUUUUAAAAAAAGUGCUAAGAUAAAGAAGGACUGUGGAAAUACCAAACCAAGCAAAUUAGGACUUUGGAACAGUAUCUAGGGAUUAUGGUGAGAGGGCCAGCACAUUAUGUACAUGUGAUAUCAGAUUUGCUACACCAGGGAGGUUGUCCAGUUUGUAUACUGCAUAUUAAGGAAUGCAAGUAAGGAUUGGCUUGAAUUCCUUGUAAUUUCUAGUAUGAGACUCUAUUAAUGUUAAGGGGAAGGUAUUUCUUUGCACAGAUUGGUAAAAUAAAAAGAACUAACCAUUCAGAACUUACAGAUAGGUCCUUGGAUCAAAAGUUGUAAAUAAACAUGAAAAUCCUCUCAUGUAAUUAUUUUAAUAUCCAACAUACUGAUAAUCUUUUGAUACUUUAGAUAAUAACUCUUUUUCUUCAAACACAGCAUCCUAGUUCUACAACCAUCUUUAUUAAGUAUUGUUUUAAGUUAAUACCUGCUGAGUUAAUAUGAGCAAUGGGAACAAAUGGUGGGAAUGUCUCCAGGAAAAGGGAACCUCAGGUCGGUAAUUAGGAAAAUAUAAAUAAGUCUCUCUUUUCUAGAAAAACCUUCCCUGAGUCAUUUGGAUUUUUAAAACAUAUUUUUUCUAGCAUUAACAUAAUGGAAUCAAAUUUGAGUCUAUCACAUAAAAGAAAACCAUUAGACAAAAAAUCUAGAAUGACAAAACAGUUUAGAGGGGGAAAAUGCAAAGAAAUCUAUACUUAGUUUGAAAAAGUAAAUUCAUCCAAAUCUUCAACUUAUUUUUUUCAACUGCUAUUUAUUUAGAGUCUACUAAAAGCACUGUGUUAUGUGGGGACUACCCAGAUAAAUGUAAUGUUAUCCCUAACUUAAAAAGUUUAGUCUAGAUUUAUUUGGAAUGACUCUUGAAUUUCUUCAUAAGUUCAAAGAAUAAGAUUGCAUGAACUUUUUGUGAGUAAUCAUCAUAAAAUUAGCUGUUCAUUAAGAGAUCUCCAGUGAACUCAUUUGGGACAUGAAUGGAAGAUCCUGCAAGUUACUGAAGUUGACAAGUAAGAGGGUUUCAAAGUUAUCAUCUAAGCACAAAUAUGUCUAGAAGGGUACUGCAUCACUGGCUUAUGGCCUCUCUGAAUUCUAACUUGACCAUUAAAUCGGCAGUUUAUGUUGGUCUUUGGCCAAGAACAUUGGAGGCUUUGGGAUUGCUUUUGUCCUGAGCUAUGGGAAGUGGAGUAGGCUAAAACAGUGGGAAGAAGCAAGGAGGGUGUUUGUGAGAUCCUUUCUAGCAAAGUUCAACCUAAAUUUCCUGAGAACAAUUCAGGGGCCACAGCCUAACCUCUCUCACCUAUUCCGAGGGGUCUCCAAGACAAAGGGGACCUCACAUCAGUACUGAUGACAAUUUAGAUACAAGCCUCUUCUUCUGGAUAAGUCUGUACCAACUCGGCACAGAUUGCACCCUUGCUGAAUACUGGAACUUGAUUUUUUUUCUUCUGAUUUACAAUAUUCAAAUGUUUUUUAUUGAGAAAUGGAGAGCACAAUCACUUAUUUUGAAGAAGGAAAGAAAACUAACAUGUUUACUGUUGAGGGAGUAGAAAUGUAUUCAGUGAAUAUAAUCUCCUUCAUCCUAAGAGCCAGAGACCCUUGCACGUUGGGUGAUCGUCCUCUAAUAACUGGAGAUGGAGGCGAGUGUAAGCCCGAAGCUCCCAACAUUUUUCACGAGCGCUCCACUGCAUUUUUCCUUUUGAGUGGUUAUUGUAGUACAUACUUCAUUUCAGUUGUUUUAGGGUUUCUCUUGUGUCUUACUUGUCCCACUAGGAAGGCAUAUUUCAGAGUGUAUGAGGAGAAAAAAAAGAUUUUCAUUUGUUCUGAAGAAUAAAUUAUUCAACCCAGUGGAGCGAAAUUUUAAAAUGCCAAUUAAAGCCUGAAAAGCUCAUUGGACUAUCAUGUGUCAGGGGCUAGCUGUAUCAGUGCAAAUAUGCAGAAUCAAUUAAGUAAAUUAGAGAGAAAUUAAUAUUAAAAUUAUAUGGACUAUAUUUUUUCAAUCCCCAAAUUUUGUAGUUUCUACCUAUCUUAGGGGAUCGUAUUUUCAAAUAUGGAAAAAAACGCAUAAUGAAAAGUUUGUGUAAAGAAGUAUUUCUUAGGCAGGUGAGAAGAGACAUCCUCUGAACCAGGGUAGACCCAGAACCGCAGAGCACCCUGCGCCAUGCAGAGGUGCUCAAAUGCUGAGCAGCAAUUUUUUUCCCAAGCAUUAGUGGCACAAUUUAGGAUGAGAGUUCUUUCUCAAGUAAUAAUCUUGAAAUAACGUAAAACAUGCAAUUCUUAAAUUAUAUUAAAAGAUACAAAGUAAAAACAUGAGGUGUUUUUUUUUUUCUUAGUAGAUCAGGAAGAAAGACAAUAUCGAUAGCUGAGAGAAGAGAUAGUAUUCUUGUAAGUGUUAGGAUGUGUGUGUUCAUAGCUUCUAAAGGCAGGACAUGACAUGAAGAUCAUGAAUAUUCCCAAUGCCAAGGACAGACCUGUUGGAGGACUGUGAGGUUCUACUGCUAGAUGACAUUAGGGGGGCUAUCACCAUGCUUUCUGAAGUGUUGAAAGUGAAAAGAGAAAUUAUAUUGUUUAAGUCAGACAGGGAAGGAUGUAAAUACAAGUUUUUUCUAGAGCUAUCUAACCUUUAUUUCAAAACUUGAAUUAUUCACCCAUCUAUAAAUGUUGAUUAUUUAACUAGUGUAUGUAGUUCAUAAGGUAAUAGAAAUGGUGAUUACGACAGCAUGUAUAUAACUGGGCAGAACCAGGAUAACGCUCGCUGUAAGAUGUAGAUUUAGUUAGGUUAUCAGACAGUAAAUGAUUUUAAUAUUAUUAAAUUAAUUAAACUAGAGAGUUAACCACAAAAUGUAAUGUAACAAAAUAAAAUGCGGGAUAUAAACAUGUAGGAUGGAUUUUGCAUAGUAAAAAAUAAGUUUGCCCUUUAAAAUUGUUAUUUGUUAGGUUUAGCUGAAAGUAGACAGUUAAAGAGCUGGUCCCACUCACAAAAACUUGCUUUAAUGUACUACAAUUAAUUUUUAUUCCUUACAUUCUUAUUCCUUUACUGUUUUUAAAUGUAUCAAAUACAAAAAGAAAUUUUUAGAAUUUGCUUUGCAAACACCACCUUGAAGAGUUUGACAGGUGAACAUGUUAUUUAGGACUUUAAGUUAAGAGGUGUUCAGAACGAAGUCAGGGAGAUGUAAAAGUUCUAUUACCUUAUGCAGAGACAAAGAAUGAGUGGUGCCAUCCGGUAAACAAAACACAGUUAAUUUGUUAAGCCUUCCUUCUUUUUCUAUACCUCCUGUUUCCAAAAACAAACCAAGGGAUUAGUUCAUAUUCUCAUAGGUACUUGCUAAAACAAGCAUUUCAAACAGCUGUAGCUCCAUUAUUUUUGACUCUAGUGAUUAGACUGAUGAUUUUUGAUAAGGCAAAUAAGAAAUCCAUGUGUAUAAGCUGCUAGUUGUUUAAAAAAAAAACAAAUUCUUUCACUUCUCUGUAUGACAGGGACAGAAAAUUCUUCUGUGCUGCUUUGUGUACACGGAUUGUGAAGGACAGCCUUGAACCCGUGCAGACCCAGAAAGGCAGACUCGAGUCUUCUAAAUGCCAUUUGCUUAAGAACAAAUAACAUUAUACAGAGAUAGACUGGUUGUAAUUUUAAAAUACUAGGAUCAGGGGAGACCUUGCCAUUACAGUGAGACUAGCUUUUACACUUCUUGGGAGAAUACGUACAAUUUUCCAGUCCCAGAGAGGCCUUUGCGAGAGUAGUUCUCUCUAACAGUCGCAAGCAUGGGGCUGUUGUGGGCAGGGUUGGGCCAGGAAAACCUUGCAUUUGUGUGAAUAGAUGGCUUUUAAUGCCACAUGGGCUGCUUAGUUCUGUUCAUUAACAGAAAGGUCUCCAUGAAAUAGCGGAAACUUUAGGCACUCUGUUCAAGUCCCUCUGAUUUCGUAGAGGUGCAAAAAUGUAGAAUGUGCCACGUUUGCAGACCCCUGCCUCACCUCUUCCCAGACGGGUGAUAUUUUGGGCAGAAGACAGUGCUUCUCUAGUUAUGAGCUGGAAAGACUUUAUGUCCUAAUUUUAUGGGAGUAUUCAGAUGCUUUCCCUGGAAAAUACUCUUUGACAGUCAGUGUUCUAUGAUUAUUUUAGGAAUCACAGAAAAUUUCAUUUCUCUCUGGACCUUAGAGGAAGAUAACAUCCUUAUUUUUUUGCAUCCAUUGGCACAAACGUCCAUGGGCACAACCACCUCCAUUGUCUUCACUUCUCCACCUCUGUAGUUCGGAGUGGUUCUCCUGACACCAUACCUCAUUUAAGCCAUAGUGGAUCUCUGAGGUCCCACACCCUGCUUUGUGAAGUAAUGAUUUAGCCUCUACUCUCCAAUGCCUGACUUUUCCAUAAAAGAUCCUAGCAAUUUGGACAUUAUUUGAAUUAUUUCACAAAUGAAUUACUGCAUAGAGUACAUAUUAAAAUUACGUUUUUCCAUGAGGAUCAGUCCUUUACUACAUCCUUCUCUGUGGGAAUGUCAGGUGAGUCAGCCCUGUGAUGCAUCUUGAAACUCACAUACGGGCAUGUGCCCUUGGUAGGUCUUAGACUUAAUCAUUUCAUAAAAACCUUCCAUCUCCUUGAGAAGUUAGUUUUCCCAGCACGUUAACUUAUUUACUUUAUUUAUCUUAUUUUAUUCCUGAUCACAAGUAUUUUAUAGCUGCUGUAUUCUUUUCAUAAAUAAAGAGUCUUAUUGUCAGACAGGUAAAGGCUAUCCAGCUUUGAGAACCACCUGUAAUCCUUUAUCGGUUCAUUCAUCCAUCUAAGAAAUAAAUAAUGAGUGCAAUUUUGUUGUAAUAAAAACUCAUGUUGUCUACUAGAUUGCCAUUCUUUCUCUACUUUUGCUCUUUGAGGACAUUUUUCUUUCAAGGCUCUAAUGAGUUUUACCCAUAUUAUGAGACGUGGUUAUAUUUGUACAAGUACACAAAUAUGAGAAAACAAAGUUUCAUAUCUGUAGGCAAUAGUCUAAUUUGUCCAAACCACUUUGCCUUUACUGCUAUUUUUAUCACUGAUGUGUAAAUGUUUGCCCAGCCUGCAGCCCUUUCAAAUAAACGCAAACCAUACCUCCUAUGUAUUGACAUCACCUGUGUUUUGAAAGUCGUUUCCAGAUAUUUCAGUUAAUGAAGGAUUAUACUUUUACCCUAACGUGAAAGUCAUUUUCCUGUAUAUUUCUGGAUCUCUCAGGGGCUGGGAGGGGGGAGUGAAGGGACUACACCAUAGCACUCCAAGAACCCUUUUAGGAUUACUCCAGUAAUCAACUACGAAAGUUAUUUUCUAAAUGUAGAUAUGUACGCUGUUCUUUUAAAGUAAGGUACUUUGAAAUAUGUAGCAUAAAUUGGUACUGCUGUUAAAUGGGUCGAUUACUAAACUGAGCAGCUGUGCAAGGGCAGCUAACUUUGAAUGCACAUCUCACUGGCUGGUGUGUCUACAUCUCAUGUCGUGAGCACCAGGACUUGCAUCGCUGCAUGUCGAAACUGCAUUUUCCCACGGUAUGACUAGUUGUUCAUCUCUCUCUGGAGCACGAUUGUAACAAGAUCAAAUGAAAAAAGAGACCAAUCUGUAAGACAAUUCAUAGCACAAAACGAAAAAAGUCAUGUUAAAUCUUCUCUCAAACACUCAUCUCAUACACACAUCAAAAUAGUUGAUGGUGAUAAAUUUCAGGUAAUAAAGGGAGACUACCAAAAAGACAGAGGCUUGAGGUAUUUUAUAUAUUUGUAUUCAUUUCUUUGUGUUCUUGUAAACAAAAAAUAAAUCCUCUCUCUUGUGAAGACUCUUCAAAGGACAGAGGUGCAAAAAUACCUAGCUGGUAAGCCAUCAGUGUUUCAUUUAAAUCCCAGUGUUCAAAGUUAGCUGCCUUUUGAAAUAAACAAACAAAAAAUACUACUGUAUGUUUGAAAAUGUGAAUAGUAUUUUUAUAGCUUGUUAAAAGACAUGGCUAGUUGCAUUUGUAAAUAAUGUUGCUUUGAUUUUCUUUUGUGGACAUCUUUAUUUGGAACAUAAUUGUCUUUAGAGUUGAUUUGUAUAUAAGAAAUUGGCUUGUGAUUUUUUUUUGGUUGAAAGUUAUAAUUUUGACAUUACUUGUGAUUCUGUGUUCAGCACUAUUGUGACGUGUUCAACCUCUGCACUCGCUUACACAAUAGGAUAUGACAAUUGUGUGUUGUGUAAUGUUACUUUGAUUUUUUUCUACUUUAUCUAUGAAGGAUUAUGCACUUAACACACACUAACUUUUUUAAUGUUAGGUAUAUUUUUAGUAUAAUUUCCCUUAUUCUUUUUUCUCCUCUGACCCUUCACCCUGUUCUUUUUUCCUUCCCUCUAUUUCUGUUAUUAUUUGAAAAUGAGAGACAAAAAUAUUUUAAAUUUCUGUAAUUAGGCCUUUCAGUUAGUUCUCAAGGAUCCUCUCUUGGCUCUUGGGAAAGAAUUGUACCUGUACAAGGCAAUUAUAGAAUGCGACCUGCUUUGCCUCAUUCCAUACUGAUCAUCCCAGCUGAACAAUUUGAAAACUGUUCUGCUUUUUUGUUACAUGAAUCUGUCAGAAAUAUAUUUUUAA